AUGCCUUUUUUUCUCUCCUGAGGAGAGGGGUGUGCGCGGUGUGUUCUUCUUCCCACAAGACGGACGAGGCGUGAAAGGAGCCAUGUCCCGUUUCCUGCGCGGCGUCUGCGGUUUAGGAGCCCGGGAGCUGAGGCGCAACGUGCUGGGCUUCUCCUCCGCUCCGGGCAGCGGGAGACGGGCGGCGGGGGCGGCGGUGCUGGUGGCGGCGCUGGCCGGGCUAGGCUGGGCUCGGCGGGCGGAGAUGGAGCUGCGGAAGCCCGAGGCGGAGAACGAAGAAGAGGAAGGAGAAGGAGGCCUGUCAGAAUUCAUGGCGCCGCCGGUGAGCGGCCUGCGGGAGCUGCGGGCGCGGCGCGGGGAGAUGCGGGCCCGCAUGGAGCUGCUCAUCAUGGAGACCCAGAGCCGGGUCUGCCGCGCUCUCGCCCACCUCGACCGCGGGGCCGCCUUCACCGUCGACCGAUGGGAGAGGAAGGAAGGUGGAGGAGGCAUCAGCUGUGUACUUCAAGAUGGUGAGAUCUUUGAGAAAGCUGGAGUCAAUGUUUCUGUUGUUUUUGGGCACCUUUCUGAGGAAGCUGCUCAGCAAAUGAGAAGCAGGGGGAAAUCUUUAAAAGCCAAAAAUGGAAAAUUGCCUUUUUGUGCUAUGGGAGUGAGCUCUGUCAUCCAUCCAAAGAACCCUUAUGUCCCCACUAUACACUUCAACUAUAGAUACUUUGAAAUUGAGGAAGCCGAUGGUACUAAACAGUGGUGGUUUGGUGGUGGAACAGACUUAACUCCAACUUACUUGAACAAAGAAGAUGCUGUCCAUUUUCACAAAACACUAAAGGAGGCCUGUGAUAAGCAUAACCCAGACCUCUAUCCCAAGUUCAAGAAAUGGUGUGAUGAUUAUUUCUACAUCAAGCACCGUGGAGAACGACGAGGGAUCGGAGGCAUAUUUUUUGAUGAUUUGGACUCUCCCUCAAAAGAAGAAGUCUUCCAGUUUGUGGAGAGCUGUGCCAAAGCCAUUGUGCCUUGCUACAUUCCCAUUGUGAAGAAACACUGCCAUGACACAUUCACGCCAGAGGAGAAAUUGUGGCAGCAAAUACGUAGAGGAAGGUAUGUGGAAUUUAACCUUGUUUAUGACAGAGGUACAAAGUUUGGUCUUGCAACACCAGGAUCCAGGAUCGAAAGUAUUCUUAUGUCUUUACCUCUCACUGCUAGGUGGGAGUAUAUGCAUUCACCUCCAGAGAAUUCCAGGGAAGCAGAAAUCCUAGAAGUUUUGCGUCAUCCGAAAGACUGGGCUCACUGACCCAGGGUGUUGGCUGUUUGUAGUCAGCCAUGAGGGAAGGACACAAACCCCUGCCUGCUUACGCAUUAGUACUGCCAUUGUGUGGCAGUUUUUCUCUACUUUUUCUCUUAUCAUGUGCCUUAGAAAUAGUGUUACAUUUUUAUUGUUUGUCAGUAUAUUUUUUAAAUUCCAUAGGCUGCUCUGUUUGCAGUUUCUGGAUGAUUGAAUUUGACAAUUUGUGCUGGUGUGCUGCUCCCUGAAGUGUAUAGAAUUUGAGCAAUGCGAAUGCAGAGUAUGUCAGGCACAAAUAAGUACACAAAAUGCAACAAAUGUUAAAACUCCAAGCUCCUCUUUCACACCAGACAGGCAUUUAUUUUAUGGGUUUAACCUUGCACAGCCUCCUGAUUUACACCAGUAAUUCUCAAACUUCCAGAUAUUUAGGAUUUCAGGUCUGAAGUCCCUCAAGAGGGAAAAUUAUAGAGGGAAAUUCGUAGGGCUGAAAUCCCAAACAUCUGGAGGACUGACUCUUGAGAAUAUGUUCAAAGCUAUUUCAAUAGUGAAGAGUUGCCUUCCUCUGCCGAUAACAUCCUAAAUCUAGUCACACAUCUUCCAAGGCAUAUAUAUUAAACUGAGUAACAGAACUUCAGAAAGUUACCUUUUUUGUAUUCAAAUUUCCCAAAUCUCUAAGCAAUUUUUCCAAUUACCAUAUGUUGGUUGGAAGACUGUUUUCACUAUUUUGCUAAAUUUCCUGUUUUAUCUGUAUUGAAUGCCUUAUGUGAAAAGAAACUUUUACAAAGGGGGAAAUACUGUGAUAAACUAAAAGAAAUUGCAUGUGGUCAGAUAGCUUAUCUUUGGAAAAUAUUAGGUUCAGGGGUCUGCAACCAUCCAUAGGUUGUCCUGAUAUAUAAUGUGUUAUUUUUAGAAGACAAAAAAGCCUUUUCUGAGAAAAGCUGGAUUAUUCAUUUGAUGCACUUCCAAGAUCUAGCACAGAUCAUUUUUUUUUAAAUAGCAAAACUUUGUUUUACUGGAAAUAGUUCAGGUUAAAAAAUAAUACCUUGAAAUUAAAUCUGUCUCAUAUAAAAUCUGUGAAAUUAGAAUACAACAAUGUUUUUGUUUAAAAAAAUACUACUGAGAUUGUGUUGCACUAUUAUUGUAUUUUUGCAAAAGAGCAGGAGAUGAAAAGUUCCAAUUCCUGCAAGACCGGGGGGCGGGGGGGCGGUAAUUAAACCUCCUAUGUGACUUAUUAGACUUCAAGUCCCAGCAGACCCAAUAGUAAGGAAUACUGGGAAUUAAGGUCCAGAACAUCUGGAGGUUGCAUGGUUCUCGCCCCGUCCAUAAGGUGUGUUCAUUGCCGUCAGUGCUACAGCAAUUGUUGUUACCAUUUUACAGUAUGAUCCCUGUGGUCACAGGAUCAAUACUCAUGGUUUCACCUACAUUUAUCUGUCAAAAUAUGCCUUCUCUUGGAAUUUUCUAGCUCCUUCAGGCAAUUCUAUUGUAUGCUUCUAUAGAAGUAAUCACAGCCUCUCACUGGAGAACAUAGCAAUUUUUUAAAAGAGAUGAUACCUUAAAAAAAAUUGUAGACCCUCCAGAAAUUAUGAUAGCUUCAGGCAGAAGCCAUUCAUUUUAGUGGGGUUCACCAUUAUCCACAUGUUUCUGUUUGCACAGUAAACUCAGGAACAUAUCCCCUGCAGAUAUGGGAAUUGAACUGUAUGUGCAUAGAUGCACUAGCAUUGAUAUUUGCCAACAUAUGCAUGGAGAAGUGUUCCUCCACUAGUUAUUGUACUGAAUGGUUCAUGUGAAAAUUUUCAGGCCUUUCGUUUAAUUUAGCACAAAGAUUCCAAAGUAAUUAUACCAAUUAGUCUUUGGAAUUUGGAAGGAUAUUUUGCUUCCAAAAACAAGCUUCUGCAGGACCAGAAACUUGAUGAAUAGCAGUGGGCCAUGACAGCUCAGAUCAGAUUUACAAGUUAAAUACUUGUAGUUAAAUUUGCUAUGUCUGGAAAUAAAGUGAAAUGCCUCAUUGCUUAUAAUGUGUAUGUGUCAGUCUUAAGAGUCCUUUCUGCCAUUAGCAAUAUACACAAUGGAUGUGUUCCAAACCAAAAGGCAUUCCUAGUGUCAUCUUGAAAAGUACAGUUUUUCUGGCCAGAAGCACUUUUUUAAAAGCUCUUAAAGAGUUAAAUUACAAAUUGACUCUAUCAUGGUUGACAGAAUGCACUGAACACACUGUAGUGUAAGAGUAAAACAUGUGUCUGGGACAGCUAAUUUUCCAGGAGGAGAUGGUCUCUUCUUAAAUUUACUGAAUAUCUUACCAAACAAACCUUAUGCUGUUAAUUGUUUGUCUGAAAGCUUCCUGUGCUGGCUGGUGAUGGUGCGAGAUACAGCCAAACUCAUCUGAAGGGCAUCUAGCUCAGAAAAGUUGCCCACUGGUACUUUUUAUCACUUCUUGGAUUUCAGUGACCAUACUUUUGAUGGCAAUCUGGCUGGGUUUCUAGAUUAUUUUUAGGAAACUGAAUAAAACCAUACUGGUUGAUAUAUGGAUUAAACUUAAAAGUAUUAAUACCUUGCCUUUAUUUGGAACAAGAGUUAUAAAUAUACACAGAGCUGCAAAAUGCUGCACAGAUUAAGUGAAUUGUACUUGGGGAGGGGAACAGAGCAAAAGGACUUUCCUGUCUUUUCUUUCCUCCUCAGCCCAAUUCUGAGGAAAAAGGACUCUUGCCAUGGUUUUUGGGCAUGAUUGGAGUGCAGCAGGAUGAGGAAAUAGGAGUUGGUUGGGCUGCCUUAUCUCUCUGUUCAUGUAAUACAUCUCUGAAUUCAACGGCAAACACUUCAGUUUUCACUUAUGCAGAUUAUCUGAGGCAAAGAAAGAAGCAAAGUAUUAAGAGCUUAUGUUCUACAAUAGUUUAGCUAUGUUUUGCAAGGUGACUGGUUUUAAUCUAAUAUCUAAUGCUUGAAGAUGUUCUUAUCUUCAGCAUUUGAGAGUAGCUUCUCCAACACCAUGUUCUAAGAAUGUUAUGUACUGAGUUAAAUAUGGAAGCAAUACACUUAGUGUUACUAUCACUAAGGUUACUCUCUUUUAAGCCUUCAAUCUCUACAAUAUUUGCAGUAGCAUCCAUUCAUUGAACAAGGUUUUACAACACUGUUAAAUCAUUUUGAAAAAAGCCAUUAUGUAACUUUUUUUCCAGUCCCAAACAUUGCCAUUUUCAAAUUUCCCUUUUCCAAGCAUUGUUUCUGAAGGUAAUGGAUUUUGUCCUUCUAAAUGUUUUUGUGUUUCUACUCAAGAACCUUCCAGACUGAAGAUUUAUUCUAUGUUCUCCCAAAAAAGUUCUUGACAUCAAUGUUGUGUCAACCGGAGGACUUAAUAAUUCCUCUCUACUGUGAAUCAAAACUGAAUAAAAGCAGUUGGGGCUAUAAA